AUGGAGGCCGGGGCGGCGGCGGGGAUGGAGGCGGCGGCGGCGGCGGCCGAAGCGGCGGCGGUGGCCGAGGCGCUGCGGCUGCUGCGGAUCGAGCCCUCGGCCGCGGGCGAUCCCAGCGCGGGGCGGGCGAGCGGCGCGGAGGGGCCGUGCUCGAGGAACGCGCUGCGGAAGCGGCGGCGCUGGCAGCGCGUUCUCGCCGCCCGGCGCGGGAAGCGGCGGCAGGAGCGGCAGCGCCGGCGGGCACGGCGGGCAGCGGCGGACCGGGACGGCCCGAGCCCGGCGCUCGGCAGCGGCCCCGCCGGGCCCGGACCGCCCUCCGUCCGCCGCGGGAGGGUCCCGGCGGCGCUGGCCACGGAGCGGCUGCUGCAGGCGCGGGCGGCGGGGCCGCGGCUCUGCGUGGAUCUCGGCGUGGGCGGCGGCAUGACCGAGAAGGAGAGCGGCCGGCUCGCCUCCCAGAUCCGGCGGCUGUACGGGGCGAACCGCCGCGCCGCCCGGCCCUUCUGGCUGUGCCUGACGGAGUUCGCGGCCGGGACGCCGAUCUACGAGCAGUGCUUCCGCAUGAACGACGGCUUCGCUGGGUACCUGAUGGAUACAACUCCAGAGAGUUACCUGGACCUAUUUCCUUUGGAGACCAUUGUUUACCUCACUCCUGACUCUGAGAAUGUCCUUGAAGACAUCGAUCCGGACAAAGUGUACGUGCUGGGAGGGCUGGUGGAUGAGAGCAUUCACAAGCAGCUGACCCUGCGGAGGGCGCGGGAGCAGUGCCUGCAGACAGCCCGGCUCCCCAUCCGGGAGUACAUGGUGAGAGCCCCCAACCCCAGGAACUACCACUCCGAGACACUGGCCAUCAACCAGGUCUUUGAUAUCCUGUCCACCUACUACGAGACCAGGAGCUGGCCAGCAGCUCUGAGGGCUGGAGUUUCCUCUGGGAAAGGCUACGUGCUACCAGACACAGCAGAACAGGUGCAGACAGCCCAAUGCGCCACUGCUGCCCAAGAAAACUCUUUAUUUUGUGGUGAGGAGCUGCACAGGCAGGAAGCACCAGCAUGACUGCACAGGAGACAGCUCUUUCCAGCAGUGUGAGGACUUUGUUGGAGCAACACCUUCUACCUCAGGAAUGUGGUGCUGGACAUCCCCCCUGCCCCUGAGCAGGAAAGAAGAGCCUGGUGGAGCCUGGAUCAGGUGAAAACUGACGGAAUUCAGUUUUGCUUCUUUGCAGCUGUUUGUUGUGACUGGUGCACCUACACUUGCUCUGGGAUGGGAAGGAGAGCUUUAAGGGGUUUUCUUCAUCUAAUUGAAACGGAAAGUAAGGUGAAGUUAGGAUUGCAAAGCUUAUGGACAAGGAAAUCCCCCUACCGUGGAACAGGGCAGUGCUGCUGCUGCAGGAGAAUGCGGGGUGGGGAGCAGCUCCCACAGACACUAUGUCCCAACAACUUAAACCCAGCGAAGAUGUGGUCAGUUGUUGAGGCCUUUGGCUAGUUGUAUGCAUCUAAUAUAAAAUAAAAGCUUUAGAUCCCCA